AUUAAUUUGGGGGAGAAGCGAAAACGAGAAUUAGGGUUUAGCCAUCUCUUCGACAUGGCUGCCUUGAUUUCAGAAGCUUCAGGCGAAGUAAAUGGGUCGAGUAGUAGUACUCUCUCGAUAAAGAGACAACGCUCUUCGGUAUCUUCUGGCGGCGACGGAGCGAAGAAACGCUCGCUGAUGCUGUUCGACUCAGAUCUUCUCGACUGUCCCAUUUGCUACGAACCAUUGUCAAUUCCCAUCUUCCAGUGUGAUAAUGGACACUUAGCUUGCUCUUCUUGCUGUCCCAAAUUGAGUAAUAACUGCCCUGCUUGUGCUUCCCCCAUUGGUGACAAAAGAUGUAGAGCAAUGGAGAAUGUUCUUGAAUCGACCUUUGUCCCAUGCCCAAACGCCGAGCUAGGUUGCACUAAGAACGUCUCUUAUGGAAAAGAAUCAACCCAUAAGAGGGAAUGCAACUUCUCCCCUUGCUCUUGUCCGACACCAGGCUGCAAUUUCACUGGCACAUACAAGGAUCUAUUCGUUCACUUCACUUCUACCCACCGGAGAAGUUGCUCGUUAGAUAGGUUCACUUGUGGACUUUCCUUCAGUGGGCAGAUCAAAAUCAACAAUAAGAUAUCAAUUAUCAAGGAAUAUACUAAGUCUCUAUUGUUUACAGUGCACUGUUUCAGGGAGCCGUAUGGUGUUAAUGUUACUAUAAGCUGCAUCGCACCAGCUGCUCCAGAAGUAGGAGAAUUCUCAUACCAUCUCUCCUACACUGUGGAUGGGCACAGUAUGACUUACGAAUCACAAGAGGUGAAGAGGGUUCUUCAAGUGAGCUGUCAAACCGGUCAAGAGAAUUUCAUGUUGAUUCCUCACUGUUUAUUACGUGGGGAUUUGUUGAAGAUGAAGGUUUGCAUCAAAUCAAGAAGCUGAACAACCGAGCAAGAAGGGUAGGUCAUAUAGAAGAAGGUACUUUUUUGUUUCUUUUAUAUCCCCCUGCGGAAACUCUAUCUAGUGAUGGAACUAGUAAAAUCGAUAUAUGUAACCCCAAAUUUGGUGCUAAGAUGCAUGUUUUGGCAUGAAUAUAUAUAUAUAUUAACUAGGAUUUGUUCUGCAUAAGCAAUUUUGGCCGUGCGGCUAGUUUAUUUGGUUUGAGA